AUGCCCGUAGUGGGUGACCGCGUGCAAAUUCAUGGCAACGGCAGUCCACCAGCAAGCCAGGAGGCAUUGCUUGGAACCGUCCGCUUCGUGGGCGAUCUCGAGGCCGCCUUUGCCCCCGGCGAGUGGGUCGGCGUGGAGCUGGACCGCCAGGUCGGCAAGCACAAUGGCAGCGUGAAGGGCAGGACGUACUUCGAGUGUGAACCAGGGCACGGGCUGUUCGUUCGCCCACACUCGUUGACCAAAGUCUCCGUCGAGCCAGUCAAAUCGGGACAAUCUCCACGAGCAGCCCAGCAGGGGCUGGAGACCUUGCAGGCUGUGAGAUCACAGGCCCGUUCUGACUUCGCCUCAGAAGUGGACACGAUGCGCAGACUCCUCGGCGGUCCAGGUGGCGAGGCGGCGUUGGACCUGAAGACAUCUUUAGAGACCCUGCAGGUGCGAUUGGAACAACUUGAGACGAAGGUUCAGCACUUGAGCGAGCAUUUGGAAGCACGAAUGAUGGGCAUGCUGAACUCCAAAGUUGAGGAAGUGGCAGCCAGCAUUCGCAUCACAGUGGGGGCCAACGCACCUAGCGGCAAGGACCCACCGGGCAUCGGCCCCAUGGGCGACACCCAAGCCGAGAACAGUCCCAAGAAGGACCAUGCACCGAAGCAAACUCUUCGUGAGAAGUUUCGCCUCGCCGACACGAAGUACGACGCAGUGAUCGCGAUGCUGCAACGAGAUGAAGAUGAACAGAUGCAGUAUGCAAAGGCACUGGAAUUCUCCGGUGGAGAAGCAGCCUUAGAGACUUAUCAGACCGUCAGCAAAAGCCUCGAACGGCAGUAUGGUUUGGAAGAUGAGACGAAAGGUCUUCUUUCUGCUGGUGAGCGUCGGGCUCGAAGCAUCAAGGUGAACUUCCAACCCUUCUUUGCAACGCUCGACGAGCUCUUUGAAUUUGCAAACAAGCACAAGCACCACUUCUUCGACCUAGUUGAAAGGGUGGCGAAAAAGACGAGGGCCACUUUCUUCAAUCCGGAGUUGAAAGACCAAGUCCGCUGUGUCUCUAAAGCCAAAUUCAAGUACGUGGAUAGCGCCGGCAGAAUCGAGUGGCACAGACUCACCGACAUCGUGCGAGACACGCUGAGCUACGAGAACUUGACGGACAUGUACGACGGACUCCAGCUCAUUGAGAAGGACGACAGCGUUGAAAUCGUGGAGUUCAACGACCGGUAUCAAACUCCAUUGCAUGGUGGGUAUCGCGAUCUGCAGCUCACACUUCGGGUUCAAGGCGGCUUGGUCUGUGAGCUUCAGCUGAGCACGAAGUACAUGCUCUUCACGAAGGAGACCAGCGGCCACAGGGCCUUCGAGAUCAAGAGACAACUCGUUGCCGACGUAGCUGCGAACAACGAGAAGGGAUGUCGGGACACGCUGGACUGGGCCAAGAAAGAUGCCGGGUCAGUUAUUCGCGUCCUGAAUGAUUGCGAGAACCCGUUGCUCCACAAGGCGGCUGCGCAGGGCAACUCCGAUAUGCUGCAGCUCUUCAUAAGGCAUGGGGCGGAUGUGAACCUCCAGGCCAAGGAUACUCAGCGCACAGCCCUGCACGAGGCGAUGGACCAGGGCCAUGCUUGCGCGGCCUGGGCCCUCAUCUCUGAGGGCGCUCGACAAGAUGUCAAGGAUGCGCGGGGCCAGACGGCCCUGUUGCUGGGACUCUUGCGGCAGCGUGUGCGUCCAGAGAGCGAGACGGUGGCAAGGUGCGUCUGCAUGCUGUCACAGAGGUUGGGCGUGAAGGAACUGCGAUCGGCCAAGGAGAAUUUCCAGCACACUGUGAAAGAACGAUGGAAGAACAGUUCCGACCUGGUAACGGCGGCCUUCGAUGGCAACGAGGACAAGGUCGUCGAACUGCUGCGCAACUGGAUGAACCCAAACAGCAAGACAGAGGACGAGAAGCACGCGUUGCACAUGGCCUUGGCUCAAGGCCACGCUGCCGUGGUAAGGCAGCUGCUGAUUUUCAAGGCAGAUAUUUGGCUGGAGGAGAGCGGCAGAGGCAAUGCCGUAGAUGUCGCCAUCGAGCUUGCAAAAGCAAAGAAACCCGACUGUCUCAAGCUCCUGGUCAACCUCCACGAGCAGUACAAGGACGACCAGAGCGCUAAAGGUUUGACCUUCUUGGCGUCGGUGAUGAAGCACGGUACGGCGAAGCAGGUCGAACUGCUCGUCCACAACGUGACCAUACAGCAAGAAAUCGCCAACGACGUUCCUGCGGCUCUUCGUUUUCUGGAGCAGCUGAAGGCGGACCGUGCACCGAAGUCACAAGGCAGUGCACGUUUGCGGGAGCAGUUCGGCCUGACGGACUCCAAGUACGACGAGAAGAUCGAAUUACUGGAUCGAGAAGAUAACACAGAAGCCCAGUAUGCAAAAGCCCUGGAAAUCUGCGGAGGGGAGGAAAAUCUGACACACUUCGCGGGACUCAGAAAGCAGCUGCAGAGCCUGUUUGGCUACAGUUUGCGCGAGGAGAAGCGAGAUCUCAUCAUUGCUGCCGGCGAACGUGUCGCCCGCACCUGUAGUCUCAAGGUAAACUUCCAACCCUUCUUUGCUACACUGGAUGAGCUCCUCGAGUUUGCGCACGAGCACAAACAGAACUUCUUCGACCUCGUCGACAGGGUUGCGCAAGCCACUAAGGGUACCUGCUUCAAGCCCCCACUGAAAAGCAAAGCACGCUGCGAGUCCAGGGCAAUGUUUAAGUAUGUGGACAGCGCCGGCAACAUCGAAUGGCACAGACUGACUGACAUCGUUCGAGACACGCUCAGCUAUGACAACCUGGAUGACAUGUUCGAUGGACUAAGGCUCAUCGACGAGGACAAAAGCGUUGAAAUUGUGGAGUUCAACGACAGGUAUCAGACACCAUUGGAUGGUGGAUAUCGCGACCUCCAGCUCACACUUCGGGUGCAAGGUGGAUUGGUCUGCAGGCUGCAACUCACCACAAAGUUUAUGCUCUUCAUUAAGGAGUCGAGUGGACUCAGAUUGUUCGAGAUCAAGAGGCAGCUCAUGGCCGAUCUAGCUGCCAACAACGAGCUGGAGUGCCGGAAGACGCUCCACUGGGCUGGACAGGAUGCGGAGGCCAGUCUGAAGGAGGACUGGAAGCCUCUCCUGCACAAGGCAGCGGCGCAGGGCAACGCCUGCAUAGUGCAGCUCUUCCUUCUUCACGGAGCGGAUGUGAACCUCAGGGAGAGGAGUACUGAGCGCACAGCCCUGCACGAGGCGAUCUCUCAGGGCCACGCCUGUGCGGCAUGGGCCCUGAUCUCGGCGGGUGCGAAGCAAGACGCCAAGGAUGCGCAGGGGCACACGGCCCUCUUGCUCGGACUCUUGCAGCAACGUCAGGAUCCCGAGAGCGAGGCUGUGGGGAGGUGUGUCUCCAUGUUGUGGCAGAAGCUGAGCGUGGAGGAGCUGCGCCGAGUCAAAGAAGAGUUGAGCAUGGAGGUGCGAAGACGGCUGGUGAACAGCUCGGAGCUUGUAGUUGCGGCCUACGACGGCAACGUGCAAAAGGUAGUCGAACUGCUGCGCAAUUGGGCCAACCCGAACAGCGCCACCAACGAUGGGAGGCAUGCGCUCCACCGAGCGCUGGCUCAAGGCCAUAUCGAGGUGGCCGUGCAGCUCCUGACCUACAAGGCAGAUAUUUGGCUGGAGGAGAACCAAAAGACUGCCUUGGACAUCGCCAUCGAGCUUACAAACGCAAGCGAAGAACCCGCUUGUCUCGAACUCCUGGUCGACCUCCACGAGCCGUACAAGGCCGCACAAUUCGCUUCGGUGGAGGACAACAAAAGCGAUGCACGUUUUCUGGGGUUGAUGAUAGAGCACGGCCACACAGACUUCUUGAAGAAGCUCCUUGCCAAGGGCGUGGAGAAAGAUGCCAGAGGCGAGGAUGGAAGCACCGCACUUAUGGUUGCGGCCAGGGAGGGCAAGACGGAUUCUCUCACCGAGCUCCUGGAGAGAGGUGCAGAGAAGGACAGUCAAGACAACGACGGCCACACCGCACUGAUGCUGGCGAUGCAGAGUGGCCAUCAGGAGUGCUUCAAGGAGCUCCUUGACCGGGGCGCCAAAACGGGCCUGAAGAACAACGCUGGCAAGACCGUGUUCGAGCUGUCCGCCCACAACACGAAGUUCCAGAAAUUGCUGGGUCCGACAGCCCUCGAGGCUUGA